ACCCUCCUUUAAAUUACUCACUCAUCCUCUCACUACUCUCCGCUCUCUUUCGAGGCUGUAUAGACUGGAGAGAGAAAGCCCUCACUCUCACUGUCAGUCUCCCCAUUGUCACUCUCUGCACGUUCCUCUCCCUCGCUGUUUGUCAUCAAUACAGCAACUCUCUCUCUCUGUCUCUCCCUCUUUAGCAAGUUAGAGAAGCUAAAGGAAUGGACGUAUACGGAAUUCCCACACCAGACUACUUCCGCAUUGACGAUCUCCUUGACUUCUCUAACGACGAAAUCUUCUCUUCCUCCUCCACCGCCACUGACCACCAUCUUUCUCCGCCUCAGAAUCCUUCAAUUCACUUCCCCUCCUCCACUCCCUUUAAUCCUGCUCUCUCAACCGACUUCACCGAUGAUCUCUCUGUUCCCAGUGAUGACGUGGCCGAGCUGGAAUGGUUAUCGCAAUUCGUAGAGGACUCGUUCGUCGACUUCCCUGCUAACUCACUCGCCGGUACCAUCAACGUCCAAUCUGACGCGUCAUUCUCUGGCAAAGCAGUUCGCAGCAAACGUUCGAGAGGAACGGUACCAAACGGCUCCCCAUGGACAUCUUCACCGGAAACUGCGUCUCCUGCAACUGGAAAAUCGAAAUUGAAGAAGGAUACAAACAGAGCCUCAUCGCCAACGGCUAAUGGAGGAGUUCGAAGAUGCACGCACUGCGCUUCAGAGAAGACUCCACAGUGGCGCACGGGUCCACUGGGCCCCAAAACGCUUUGUAAUGCCUGCGGUGUAAGAUAUAAAUCUGGCCGGCUAGUCCCCGAAUAUAGACCUGCGGCCAGCCCCACUUUCGUGCUCACUCAGCACUCAAACUCACACCGUAAGGUAAUGGAGCUCCGGAGACAAAAGGAGAUGUUGAGGCAGCAGCACCAACAACAAAAGGACGAUCAAACCAUCUACCAUCCUCAUCAUCAUCGUCAACCCCAGCAAGAUUUUGAAGUCUGCUGACGUGUUGCAAUAAGAAUGGUGUGAUCAGUCGUCAAUUGGAUAAUUACUCUAGUUUUUCCGUUAGUUUCUUUGUUAAUUUCCGAGGAAAACAUAAAACAUUACUUCUACUAAUUAAAAAUUUUCCGUUCUAUUUAGAUUUAAUGUUUCAACCACCAUUUUCAUCCCAAUUAACACUUGUCGAAGAAAAAUUUUGAAUGUGCAUACAUGUGUGGGUGGGAGAGAGAUACGGAACGCUUGUGAGAUCAGAGCAUGGGACCUUACACGUGAUGCAUUAGCUGAUGAGGCUUAGCGAAUAUUCUCUCUUCAAAUCUCUUCUCACUUAAAAUAAAAAUAAAAAAAAGGGCUUCUGCUCACAUGGAAACCGAGGAAAAAAGGUCUGGCCAAUGGGGUUUGUGAAGAAAUUAAUGGAACAUUUGAGGUUGACAAUUUGCAGAGGGAAAAGGAAAGGAUGGAUUGCAAUUGGUGAUUGUGGAGCUCACUUUUUAUUCUAGACGACUGGUACUUUGGGCUAGGCUGAGAAGCAAUUCCCCACGAUUUUAGGAAGGAUAGAAUAAAAUAGGCAUUGUCAAGUUGCUCAACUUCUCCUUGGAAAAAAAAAAAAAAUGAGUUACUCAAUGUAAU